GUGAAGUGAAUAUGUCAAACAAACCCGUAAAAACCUGAUGGCCGAAACUUUCAAAAAAUUGUAUUUAUAAACAUGAAGUAAUAAGCUAACUAUUUUUAAUAAAACAUAGGUUUGUUUUAACUAUUUAAUCGCGAGUGAUGAAAAGUGCGGCAGCAAACAUAGACCAUGCUUGCGUGGUUGUACUGGGAGACAUCGGUCGUAGUCCCCGGAUGCAGUACCACGUAAAAAGCCUUGCUGACGCGCACUACUUCGUUGACCUGGUUGGAUACGUGGAAUCCAAACCGCUGGAAGAUUUGACGUCAAAUCCUAACGUGCGGAUCCAUUCGUUGAGCCCCUUCCCGGAGCUGCAUCUACCUGGCUUAGCAAAGUACGCCUUCAAAUCAUGCUGGCAAGCGCUGACCCUGCUGAUGGUGCUGGUUAGCAUCCGGAAGCCGAAGUUCGUUCUGUGCCAGAAUCCUCCUGCUAUUCCGACAAUUGUUGUGGUUUAUAUCUACUGCUUUUUUGCCCGUUCCAAAAUGAUUAUCGAUUGGCACAACUACACGCACACGAUUUUGGCCAUUGCAUCAUCGCCGAAGAGUCCGGUGGUCAGAUUGGCCAAGGCCAUCGAAUCUAGGUUUGGACGAAACAGCUUCACCAAUCUCUGUGUGACCAGAGCGAUGCAACAGGAUCUCUGGGAAAACUGGAAUAUAAGUGCCGUCGUUCUGUACGAUCGUCCACCGUUACAAUUUCAUCCAAACACAAUUGAAGAAAAGCAUGAACUGUUUAUGGAUCUGGCCAAAAUUAUUCCGCAAUUCGCCAGUGCCGAGCACGAUUUGAGCGAUGUACAUGUGCAUGAAUCAUCUGUAUUCACAUACAAGCUAACGAAUGGUGCAGUGAAGUAUCACCAAGAACGACCGGCAUUGCUAAUAUCGAGCACUAGCUGGACACCGGAUGAAGACUUUGGAAUCCUUCUGGCUGCUUUGGAUGCCUACGACACAAAAGCAUCCCAAGAUCCUAUUCAUUAUCCACGUCUGCUUUGCGUUAUUACCGGCAAAGGACCCCUAAAGAAUCAUUACCAGGCGCUGAUCAAAGAAAGACCUUGGCAAAAGGUGUCGGUCAUAACCCCAUGGCUUGAGAAUGACGAUUAUCCCAGAUUACUUGCUGCUGGAGACCUCGGUGUCUGUCUCCACUACAGCUCCAGUGGCCUGGAUCUUCCCAUGAAAGUGGUUGAUAUGUUCGGUUGUGGACUACCGGUCUGUGCCAUGAAAUUUAAAUGCAUCGGUGAAUUGGUGUUGCAUGGUCAGAAUGGUUUCGUUUUUGGAUCGGCUGAUGAAUUGACCAGUCAACUAUGUGACUGGUUCCAGGACUUCCCGAUGAAUGUGGCCUUAACAAACCAAAAGGAAAGAAUUCAACAAAAGUUAAAAGAGUUCCAGCAACUACGUUGGACGGAGAAUUGGGACCUAAAAGUCAAACCGCUGCUGGAACGGUUGUAAUUUUCCAGAGAAGUACCGUAAAUACCGUAAAAUUGUAGUGUUUAUUAAGACAAUUAUGUAUAAGUUGUAAUAUUCCACUUCAAGAGAAAAUGAGAGCUUUAUUAACUAUUA